CCCGCUGCAUCCCGCGAGACUACAAAUCCCGGCAGCCCGCGCGCGGCCCCUCCUAUUGGCUGGCGCAAACAGGAAGCGGUCCGCGAGGUGAAGGGUGAGAGGAGUCUGACAUGGAGGAGGUGAAAAAUGGACAUCCGCCAGAAGAAUUGCUCGAUCACUUAAAGCUUUCUGAUGAGAAGUCAGCAGAGAGCACCAGCUCAUGGGCAUCUGGCCCCAAAGAUGCCCAGAAUCCUCCAAACAUGGAAAGUGGCAAUAUACCAUCUUCAGCCAAAGAUCCCAUCACAGCAGAUGAGUGUUUCCAUGACUGUCGUGACUCCUUUGAGAUGAAAGAGCCUGUACUGGAUGAUGAGGGAAAUUCACAGAAUGAUGAGAAUAACACAAGGAAGCAGGCAGAACUGGAUGAGGAGUACUUAAUAGAACUGGAAAAAGAUAUGCCAGAGGAAGAAAAACAGAAAAGAAGAAAGGAAAGCACAACGCUAAAGGAGAAAGGAAAUGAACAGUUCAAGAAAGGAGAGUACAGAGAGGCAGAAGACUCUUACACAAAGGCUCUGCAAAUUUGUCCAGCCUGCUUCCAAAAAGAUAGGGCUGUUUUGUUUUCAAACAGAGCUGCUGCAAAAAUGAAACAGGACAAGACAGAAGCUGCCCUAAAUGACUGCAGCAAAGCAGUGGAAUUAGAUCCUAACUAUAUUAGAGCUUUGCUGAGAAGAGCAGAACUAUAUGAAAAAACAGAAAAACUAGAUGAAGCUCUGGAAGAUUAUAAAGCAAUCCUAGAAAAAGACCCAUCAGUUCAUCAAGCCAGAGAAGCUUGUAUGCGAUUACCUAGACAAAUUGAAGAGCGGAAUGAAAAAUUAAAGAAAGAAAUGUUAGGCAAACUGAAAGAUCUUGGGAAUUUGGUUCUUCGCCCCUUUGGCCUGUCAACAGAAAAUUUCCAGAUAAAACAGGAUUCAUCAACUGGCUCAUAUUCCAUCAAUUUUGUUCAAAAUCCAAACAACAAUAGAUAACAUGAAUUCAGCUUAGUUCUGCUGGCUUUCAGGCUUUGUGACCAUGUGCUUGCAUGUACCAACACAGGGAUUCAGCAAACAUUCUUCACUCUGUCCAAGUGAAGAUAGACUCAAGCACAUUCAUUUCCCUGCUUAUAAAUUAUUUACAAUGUGGAUGUAAAGAAAGUCAUUUGACUUCUUUUAGUGAUAACUCUGUCCUGUGUGUGAUUCUCCACUUGCAGUAUUUGGCUUGUCCACCAGUCAGGUACAUUAUUUGGGCCCAUUCAAUGCUGGCAAGAAAAUUCUAGCAAACAGUUCAGUUGAAUCAAAAUGCCCGUGCACCUGUGGCCAAGAACAAAGCCAGAUGGUGUCUUGGGGAAUUAAUGAAUCUAGCAGAAGCACUUCUCCACAUUCGGGAGGUGGAUGUGACUGACAGCAUGCAUGGAAGCAAGCCGACCUCCUCUGUGGAAUAAUUUUUCUUGGUAAUAAAGGCUUAGUAUUUCUGUUGGAUUGAAUGUGAA